UCCUGCCAAUCAGAGCACCGCUGUUGUCUGAAUGCGGAAGUUGGACAAUGAGCUUCUGAAGCAGCUACUGCUGCUCCUGUCUCUCUGAAUGAAGAUUAAGCUUUACCCCAAACUUCAACUUUCUUCCUCUGUCCAACAAAACUAGUAUUUGAAGACCUGAAGACGGAAGUUUCAAAAUCAACAGAUGAAGGACUUAUGCCCAAAAUGUCGACUCUCCUGCUCCUCGGGUGCUGCCUGACCUGCUGAGCUUUUCCAGCGCUGCACAUUUCAAAUCUGACUCUCCAGCGUCUGCAAUCCUCACUUUGAAAGUCACUCAUUCCAUCGGGACCGCAACUAUGGUUCUGAGAGAAGGAGCAAAGCUGUUUGGUUCCUGUUUCAGUACGUUUUCAGCAUCAGUGGGACUGGAUGAGAGACCCUACCAUUGCAGGGCACUGAGUGUGGAGCCUGAAGCAGUUUUUUGGCCUGGAAAGAGGAAUUCAAGGUGGAGAGAGUCUCUACGUGCGUUUGUGUGUGGCUGAAGCUCCGGCCAUGGAGAAACCAGAGGAAUCCCGCCCCGUGGAGAAACUGUGGAAGUGUGGCGACUGCAAAAAAGGCUUCCGUUUCCCGUCUGCCCUGGAGACUCAUCGGCACAGCCACACGGGGGAGAGGCCAUUCCCCUGCCCUGUCUGUGGGAAGGCCUUUACCCAGGCCUCCAACCUCCAGACCCACCGGCGGGUCCAUACCGGGGGGAGGCCCUUCUGCUGCCCCAAGUGUGGGAAGGCCUUCAGGAAUUCCUCCCACUUGCUGACCCACCAGCGGAUCCACACGGGGGAGAGGCCCUUCAGCUGCCCCGAGUGUGGGAAGGCCUUCACCCGCUCCUCCGACCUGCGGAGGCACCAGCGAGUUCAUGUGCCAUCACAGGGGGAUUGAAGGAAUGAUGGCUGAGUGCUGUUAUCGACUGGACUAUCAACCGGGUUCUGGGGACUCCCGGGUUGGAUUCCCACCGCGACAGAUGGUGGAAUUGGAAUUUGGUCAGAAAUCUGGAGUUUAGAAUCUAACGGUGAAACCAUUGUCGGUGGGGUGGGGGUGGAAGAAGUCCCCAUUCUUUUUUAGGGAAACAAACUGUCGUUGUGGGAGAGGAUUCACUCAGUCGUCCCAGCUGCAUCCUUUACGUGGUCUAGCCUACACAUGACUCCAGAUCCGCAGCAGUAUGAUCGACUCUGCACUGCCCAUCCAACUAACUUGGAUACAGGAUACAAGUUGAAAAUGCUGAGUGAGGCAAUACUUUCUCUGGGUUAAGGCUGUACCAAGGAUCCAAUUCCAAAGGGCAACUUGGUGACCAAUAAUGAAGAAAGUGAGGGGUUGGAGGGAGUGUGUGCAAUUUGACUGUGAGCUGUUUUUAAAACAUUGCUACUUUUUCUACGCCUUUCUGCUGGGAGAUUCUGAAGCUGUAACAAAGUUGGGUCGCAAUAAAGUUUACCUGAACUUCCCACCGA